AUGAAAGCAGCUCAAGACCAAAUAUUUGCAUUAUCAGAAAGUCUCAAAGGUAUAUAUGGGGAGUUUCACGCUCAACUCCAAACCGUCACAUUUGAAGAUGAUACAACAAAAAACAUUGUUGAAAGAAUAAAAAAUGCCGAAAAUGCAUUUGACAAACUUGAUUCAAAUUUUCAAAAGGGAAUUGUAUUAGGUAAAGAAGCUCAAGCACUAUUAAAAAGGACUUUAUUAUUUGUAAAUAACAUUAAACAAUCAUUUCAAUAUCUUGAUUCAAUGAAUGAAAAAACCAACAAUAUAAUUAAAACAUUAAAUAACCUUUACAUAGAAGAAUUUAAAUUACAAAAGAACACACUCGAAAACAAUUUCCAAAUGGAAGUGACAAAAUGCGAAGAAAUCAAAAACAAAAAGAUUUCAGAGUUAUUGAAAAUACAAAAAGAAAACAAAUAUUCACAAAAAGAAGCCGUGUUCGAUUUCGAAACAAAAGAAGUUGAAAAACUCGAAGAAAUUGCACAACAAAAAAUUUCAAAUGUGUUAUUCGACUCAAUCACAGAUGACUGGAGUAAAAACACGUCUGUGUUUGGUGAUAAAAUUAAUAACAAAACAAAUGUACUCUUUCUGGUCGAAGAUGACCAAAACAACAAAUUUGGAGGUGUACUAUACGACGAAAUAAACAUUGAUACUUGGAUCGACACCAAAACAUCUUUCAUUUUUUCUCUUGUUAGAAACGGAAUUUUAAAUCCAAUAAAAUUUGACCUACAAUUUGGUCAAAAUCGGGCUUUUAUUGUGUCUGUAAAGGAUAAUCAUUGGCUUUUUGUCUUUGGGAAAAACGAGGCAAGAGAUACACGUGACAUUUGCAUCAAGAAAAAGGGAAUAAGUGGAAACAAAUGUUCACCAACUUGUUAUAAUGCAAAAAUUGGUGAUUUGAAUGAUGGAAACGAAUUUAUACCAAAGAGAAUAAGAGUUUUUCAAUUGAGUGAUUCAUUAUAA